AUGUCCACUCUCGAUACAUUUAUAAGUUCUACCGCCAAACUUCUAGCAGCGUACCCUACGACGGCCCGGGUGUCCAUAACGUAUGCCAACGAGCACAAGAAGCUUGAGAGAAGAACCAAAAAUUCCAAAAAACCUAGCGAGAAAUCCGCUUCCAAUUAUGUUUCCUUUAAGGUGUUUGAGCCAAGCCUGGGGAAGGUUAUUAAAUACAAAACGUACAAAGUCAAAGAACUCUCCAAACUCAUUACGUUCUUGGGUCCUCGAGGUGUUACUUCCAACGAUGCCCAAAAAGUACCAGGUUUGAGUAGUAUCAUGUCAAAUAAGAAGUUCGACGAGUCUGAAAAACUCGAUACCCUUGUUCCAGCAGUACCUCCUUCAGCAGAAACUAAAGAUAAAAAGAAGAAAAAGAAGAAGAGCGGUAAGAAAUGA